AUGAAUGGCGUCCUCACCGUCGCCGCCAAUACAAUGAUACGAUUAUCGGGCAUUAUCAAAUCACAAUCACCACCACUAGGUCAGUUCAAUCUUUUCCCUCUCAUCAAACCCUUUUCAUUAUCGUCCUCUCCAAUCCCACAAACCCUCGGUUCAGAUCCUAUUGAACCCCCACUCGACCUCUCGUCUCAGCUCCUUUCUCUCCUCGCCCACUUCAAUUGGCAAAAACACCCGUCCCUCAAAAAACUAAUCCCCUCCAUAUCCCCAACACUCCUCGCCACCUUCUUCAUCCAGAACCCCAAUCUCAAUCCCCAAGCUGCACUCUCCUUCUUCAACUUCCUCUCCCAAAAACCCACCUUCAAACCCAAUGUCCACGCCUAUUCUUCUCUUUUGCAAAUUCUUAUCCCCAAUAAAUUCUUUAGUGUUUCUGAAAAACUCCGUAUUUCGAUGAUCAAGGCCAUGGAAUCACCGGAAGACGCUCAUUUUGUAUUGAAUGUUUUGAAAAAAAUGAAUAAUUCUGAUGAUGCGUUCAAAUUUAAGCUUUCUAUUAGGUGUUAUAAUACAAUGCUAAUGAACUUAUCGAGAUUUCUUAUGAUUGAUGAAAUGAAAUGCGUGUAUCUGGAAAUGUUGGAUGAUAAGGUCUGCCCAAAUAUUUAUACGUUUAAUGCAUUGGUUAAUGGUUAUUGUAAGUUGGGGAAUGUGGGUGAGGCUAAGUUGUAUGUAAGUAAGAUUUUGCAAGCUGGGUUAAGUCCGGAUACACAUACUUAUACGUCAUUGAUUUUGGGGCAUUGUAGGAAUAAGGAUGUAGAUAGUGCAUUUAGGGUGUUUAAGGUUAUGCCACAAAUGGGUCUCAGAAGAAAUGAGGUUUCAUAUAACAAUUUGAUUCAUGGAUUUUGUGAACUUGGGCGGAUAGAUGAAGCUAUUAGAUUCUUUGAUCAAAUGGGUGAGGAUAAUUGUUGUCCAAACGUGAGGACAUAUACAGUCCUCAUUUAUGCAUUGUGUGGAAUAGGUAGGAAAGUAGAAGCACUAAAUUUAUUUAAGGAAAUGACGGAGAAAGGUUGUGAACCGAAUGUUCAUACAUAUACAGUUCUCAUUGAUGGUAUGUGUAAGGACAAGAAGCUUGAUGAAGCAAGGGACUUGCUAAAUGUAAUGUCUGAAAAAGGUUUGGUUGCAAAUGUGGUGACAUACAAUGCUUUCAUUGAUGGGUACUGUAAGGCAGGAAUGAUUGAUGCUGCACUUGAGGUAGUUGACUUGAUGGAAUCAAACAGUUGCAGUCCAAAUGUUCGCACAUACAAUGAGUUGAUUUGUGGGUUAUGCAAAGCAAAAAAAGUGCACAAGGCAAUGGCACUACUUACUAAGAUGCUUGAGCGAAAGCUGUCACCUAAUUUGAUCAGCUAUAACUUGUUGAUUCAUGGUCAGUGUGAAGUGGGUAGUAUAGAUUGUGCUUUUAGAUUGCUCAUUUUGGUGAAUGAGAAUGGUUUGGUUCCUGACCAAUGGGCUUAUGGUGCUCUUGUGGAUGCCCUAUGUAAAAAGAGGAGGACUGAAGAAGCUCAUACCCUAUUUGACUCUCUAAAGGAGAAGGGUGUAAAGACAAAUGAAGUGAUUUAUACUUCUUUGAUAGAUGGUUAUUGCAGAGCAGAGAAAACUGAUGUUGCCCUAACAUUGUUUGAGAGAAUGCUAAAAGAAGAAUGCCUUCCAAACUCAUCCACCUACAAUGUGCUGAUUGAUGGGCUAUGUAAAGAGAGUAAGGUGCAUGAAGCAUCCCUGCUACUGGAAAGGAUGGUAAAUGUUGGCGUGAAACCCACCGUUGUUACUUACACAAUUCUCAUUGAUCAAAUGUUAAAAGAAUAUGCUUUUGACAACGCUUAUAGAGUUUAUAACCAAAUGCUUUCCUUGGGAUAUAAGCCUGAUGUAUGCACUUACACGUCAUUUCUUCUUGCAUAUUGCAACCAAGGAAAGUUGAAAGAAGCGGAGGAUGUGAUGUCAAAAAUGAGUGAGGAAGGUGUCCUGCCUGAUUUGAAGACUUACACUGUAUUAAUUGAUGCAUAUGGACGAUCAGGAUUGACACAUCGUGCUUUUGAAGUUCUCAAAUGUAUGGUUGACUCUGGAUGUGAACCUUCUCCCUAUACCUACUCAGUUUUAGUCAAGCAUCUCUCAAAUGAAAAGCAUAUGAAAGAAAGCGGCAAGAGAAUAGGACUUGAGCCAAAUAAAAAUGUCCCCUCCAUUAAUAUUGCUGAUGUGUGGAAAAUAAUGGAAUUUGAUACUGCUCUGGAGCUCUUUGAGAAAAUGAUUGAACACGGUUGUUCACCUACUGUGAACACUUACAAUGCACUCAUUUCAGGACUUUGCAGAGAAGGGCGUUUUCAAGAAGCCUGGAGGUUAGUUGGUCAUAUGAAAAAUAAAGGACUGUCUCCCUGUGAAGAUAUGUAUAACUCUCUCUUGAAUUGCUACUGCAAGUUGGGAAUGUAUGAGGAAGCAGUGGGGCUGCUUGACACUAUAGUUGGUCUUGGUCUUUUACCACAUCUGGAGUCAUAUAAGCUUCUUAUUUGUGGGUUGUAUGAUGAAGGAAAUAAUGAGAAGGCUAUGGCAGUUUUCUCUAGUCUUCUUCAGUGUGGGUUCAAUCAUGAUGAAGUAGCUUGGAAGCUUUUAAUUGAUGGCUUACUUAUGAGGGGUCUUGUUGACAGAUGCUCUGAACUGGUGGAUGUCAUGGAGGAGAAAGGUUGCCAUCUCAAUACUCAAACAUAUUCGAUGCUUAUUGAGGGACUAAAUGAUAGAACAAAUGCGAUUUCAAAGGAAUGCUUAAAGAGGAGUAUCCUCCACAAUUCACAUGAUGGGAAUUCAUAUACAAGCAAAGUGAAUUACCAACACAGUUCAGUUGGAGUUCUUUAUAUCCUGGACCUUUUGGUCUGUGAAGGAGAUUUUGAAGAGGGUGAGCUGCCAUCAUGCCCCUUUGGAGAUUGCAAUGGAGAGCUUAGCUCAGUCCAUACCGACAGUUUGAGGCUAGGCUUCCGUAUUGAUCAGUUGCAGUUAGCCACUCCAACCACCAGGAAAGUUGUCAGGGAUAUGGCAUCCUAUUUUAUUGGGAACAAAAGGAGUAAGAGUCAGUUAGAAAGCGCUCCCAGGAUUGUAAGGAGCAAUAACACUGAUCUUACAGGAAAGAAGAUCGAGCAACAAUGCGCUAUGGGAGAUUUACAAGAAAGUUCUGCAACUAUUCAAGCAACAAUUGAUGGUUUUGCAAGUUCAUUCUAG